UUGAGCCGUGACUUCAUACUCGCUAAUGAUGGUAGGCGGACGUAUGUGUUUAAAACGGACAUUAAAGGUUGUGAGCUGUCGUGGUUUUGAUAACUGCGAAGAAAUCUUUAAAGUUAAAUGGCACACAUCCCUACUGUAGCCUCUUUCUGUCCUCUCAGUCAUCACAAACGUCCAAAUAAGAGCGCACUUUAAUUCCGAGGAGAGCUGGAUUUCACAGCGCAGAUGCGACUUCACCACAGUACAAAAGCCGGUAUGUUAGCAGCAGAUUUUCCGAGAAGACCCGGGGAAGGACAAUAACAGGACAGGACGUUAGCUUGGCAGGAGAAAAGCCUUCAGAAAAAUUUUAAAAGAUGAAGUCCAGAAAAGUUGAACCCCCCGAUGGCGGGUAUGGCUGGGUGGUGGUCAUGUCAGCCUUCUUCACCAUGGGCCUUACUGCUGCUGUUCUCAAAAACUUUGGACACUUCUUCAUUGAAAUCCAGAAUCACUUCGGAGUACAGGCCAGCACCACCUCUUGGGUGACCUCCACAACAAUUACUAUGCUUCAUCUAGGAGCUCCAGCAGCCAGUGCGAUGACCUUACAGUUUUCUCAGAGAGUAGUCAUCAUGCUCGGAGGCUUGCUGGCUACCUUAGGGAUGGUGCUGGCUUCACUGGACCUCAGUUUGCCCUGGCUCUACCUCACCAUGGGCAUCCUGCAAGGAACAGGUCUUUCCUUCUCCUGGAUCUCUGCCAACAGCAUGGUGAGCCACUACUUUGUACGAUGGCGUCCCAUUGCCCUCGCCAUCGCCAGUUCAGGUGAAUGCGUCUUUGCUGUUAUGUUCAGUCCAUUCUUCAAGUGGCUCAUUGACACCUACAGCUGGCAGGGUGCUUUGCUCAUCAUUGGAGGCCUUCAGCUGAACCUGUGUGUGUGUGGUGCACUCAUGAGACCCCUGGAGAAGACCACGAGUCCUGCACAGGACACCAAAGACAGUCUAGAUGCAACCACGCUCCCAGCAAAGAGAAUGACCUUCUUCCAGUGCUCCCUCAUGAGAAAACCUGAAUUUUUUCUGUACAUCCUGUUUGCAAUAUUUUCGGCUGCAGGGUUUUUCAUCCCGCCUCUUUUUCUGGUCCCCUUUGCUAGCAGCUUGGGCAUGGAUAAGUACUGGCCUGCCAUGAUUCUUUCUGUUCUGGCUUUAGCUGACCUGGCAGGGAGGCUGAUUUGUGGGUGGAUCGCCAACAUGAGGCUGGUAAGAAACCUGCAACUGCUCACCAUGGUGGCCACUCUCCUUGGCGUAGUGCUCCUGCUGCUGCCCAUCAGCCAAAACUACUGGGCCGUUCUGGUGUUCGCCUCACUCUACGGCUUCCUGUUUGGCUGUGUGGUGGCAAUUCACGUCACAGCUAUUGUGGACAUUGUAACCCUGGAGGGAUUCGACAGUGGACUCGGGCUCUUUAUGCUUUUAAGGAGCAUUGGAGGCUUCACUGGUCCACCUGCUGCAGGCUGGCUGGUGGAUUACACAAACAACUACAGCGUCGCCUUCUACUUCUCGGGCGUCUGCCUGAUUGUGUCCGCAGCGUUUGUCGUCCUGGUCGACCGCCUGGUCCAUAGGAGGAGAGAAGCAGUGGAGUCUCAAGUUUAUUGUGCAAUCAACCAGCAGGAGGAUUGGGAAACAGCAAAAGCCGAGUCAGACACUGUCACAUAAAGGGAGAACCCAGCAGAGUUGUGGGGAGCAUACUGUUUUUUAGGGGCACAUACUGAUAUCAGCUGAUAUUUUUCAUGUAUUUUUAUAUAUAAUCUAUAUUCACAUAUAGUGAUGUAGAAAGGUAAGUGCAUCACUUGCAAAUUUCAUUUCAUUUGAUCAACCAAGCAUGGAAUCCUCUAUGAAAGGAUCCCAACAGUUAAGCGUGGCAUACUUGAACACAAACACAAAGAAAAUCAGCUUUUUUAAAUUAUUUAUUCAAAAUAGAAAAUUAGUAGUUAUGUGUAGAGAAAGCACCAUCAGAAGCAGCACUCUCCUUCUUCCCAUCUGUUGCAUCAGCUCAAUGAAAUGUGAAAUUUUUCUUCUGUUCUGUUUUCUUCUGUUUCUUUAGUUUCAGGAUGUUUUACGGUUAGGGGUUUUUUGUGUGUCCUGCCUGUUUUGAGAUAUUUUUUGGUGUCCCUGUUGAGAAAUCUGCUUGCAGUUAAUCUGAUGGCCUCGCAUCAGACAAUUUGAUAUGAUGAGGUUUUCAGCUCAGUCAGCAGAGUCAGUGUGACAACAGCAUUUAUUGACAGGCAGCUUUCACAUUAGACAUCGCAAAAUUCUGACUAACUCAAACUUCUGUGUAAGACAAACUUUUGAGAUAAUAAUCCCAAACUUUGAGGUAAUUUUUCAGUGUUGCUUCUCAUGAGAAGCAGUCUUACAGUCCUACUGUUCACAGCUAAACAGACUUUAUCAUGCGUUGUAUGUUCAGUGGCAGACUAGUUUUUACUCUAUUUUACUAACACAACUUUUCUGCAGUCUAACAGCUGAAAUAGUUAACUGCAGAUACGCCGAUCGAUCGACCUACUUCAUCGUUAAUCUCAUUCUUUGGCCUGAAAGCCUUUGUCAGUUGUUUAGAUGUCGCAACCCAAACAGGUUCUGAUUGUUAGCACCUCAUCUGAAGCUGCUUAUUUAAAUUAUAUGCACUUGAAGAAGUGAGAUAACUGUAGCGAGGUCUCUGCAUUUUCAAUAUGAUUGAUCUGUUAUUAUAAAAAUGAGUACAAAAUAACUGCUUUGCCAUUUGCAGAUCAAAUGAGUGGUUACUCUACAUACAAAAAAAACAGCUAUUUCCAGGGUACAGUGCCUAUGUCUCAACACUUCAUGCAUGGUAGUCUUUGUGGGCUUAAGUGCCAGGAAGACAGUUUUAUUUGUUAAAUGUUUGGUGUUCUGCCAGCAGAUAGGUGAUUUGACCUAGUUAAACAGGUUUUGUAUGCCCUGUGUGGCAUACAAAAAAAAACUCUUAACAGAUUUGCAGACACAUCAGGGAACAGAUGUCACAAAAAGGAGCUGUAUUGUUUCAGCUUGAAGUUUUGUGCAGUCACACAUUUUGUAAUCAGAAUUGUAUAACCCAUCGUUAAUGGGCUGCAAACUUGUGACACUAUAAUUAUCCAAAGUUAGCCCGGAGGACCACGUCAUCGGAGUAAAAAUAAAUACUUUGGUUUUUAAAAAUAAAACAAGAAUUGCCAAACUGAAACACUGCAGCUGUACGUCUGUAGCAGAUGUGAGGCAGGUCUUCAUCUGCAGAAGUGACUGAAAGUAGUUCCAGCAGACUAGAGUUUAAAUAACAAGGCUGAUGAUGUAUAUACUCACGAGGAACUCAUUCCCAAAAUUCAUCUGUUUUAU